UUUUAUUGAAUAAAUUAAUGAAAAGUGCAAAAAGAAGAACAAAAAAUGUCAAUAAAAGUCUUGAAAAUUUGAGAAUUAUAGUUGAUCAUGCCCAUUUAUCUAAGCUAAGGCCACUAACAAUUUACUGUAUUGGCAAAGCCAAUUUUUCUAAAGUUUAUCAGUUCGACAUCAUUAUCCCAAAGAAGAUUAAAACAGAGGAGGUUGGUGGGAAAAUAGAAGAAGGGAUCAAACAGAAUGAGAAAGAUUUCAUCCAGACAAAGAAACUUGAGAGUAUUCCUCAGUUGAAGAAAAGAAUAUCCAACUUCAACAAAUCUAAUCUCUCUGAAGAAGAGACCGUGGAGAAGCAAAUGGAAAGUAUUCUUUCACAUCCCUUGGUAUACAAGGAUCUGCCUAGUUUAGUAAUAGAUCUUAGAUUCAAAAGUUUUCUGAAUCUUGAGCUAAGAAACAUCUUCAAUCAAAGUGGUGACAUAAUCAACUCAUUUGCAGACUUAAAGCUUAGAGACAAGUGUAUCUUCCUAACAGAUGAUAAGACAUUGUUGACUAAGAAAAAGGAGCUCUUCUUGUUUACUUCUUGUUUCCAUACAAAACUUUAUCUCAAAGAGAUAAUCCCUAUUGAUCUGUUAGACAAUUUCAGAAAUGAUGGGACACAGAUCAUGGAGAUUGAGGAUAUACUUACAGAAGACUGUGAUCUUGACGAAGGAAAAGAUGACAACUAUCAUAGACGCAUUGAUCCUUUCCGUAUGAUGAGUGAGAAACUUGAGCUCAUCAGAAUCCUCAAAAAGCCUCAAAGACUCCUCCUCGAACGUAUAACUUCUCUUCCCAAAAUAGGAAGCCAGUCAUUGUGUAUUGAUAAAAAGAGAGGAAAAUAGAAUCGAGGAUCAAGUCAAAUUGAGAAAAUCUAUGGAUAAAACAAGGAUUCAUCAGCAAAAUGGCUAUUACAAGAUCUGUGCCCAUCCAACUCUCAAAACAUUUGAAAUGCUUAGGAAGAGUAAUGACACGAAAAACCAGAACUGAAAUAAGAGAAAUCAUAGCUUGAGUAAACCAAGAUAUGAUUAUAAGAUGAAAGGGUUGAGUCUAAAGAUGACUCAAGACUACAAAUUACCUAGGAAUAUGUCUAAAGCUAUCCCUAGAGGUCAAAGUUCAGAGGAGUUAAUCGACACAAGGUACAAAAAGAAAUGGUUAGACGAACUGGAACAGAAAGGGAUUACAAGAAAUACAACUAGUUUUCCUGACAUCCUUAAAAGCCCCACAGCUGCUAGCUCAUAUAAAACUUAUGGAAAACCCCAAGAGAAGGAUCUGAUUGAAGAGGAGUUCAGCAUAGAGCAAGAACUAGAAGACUUUCGGGAUCGUAAACUUACUGCACUCAGAGUUCACAAUAAAGCUGAUACAGGCAAUCUAAAAUAGAGGCAUGCGAUUUCUAGAAAAACUUGAGGAGAAAUUUGCCAGUUCCUCUAGAGAUUUUGAAAUUACAACCAGGAUGAAUAUUAAAAGAGAUGAGAUCGGCAAGAAGAUUAAACAAUUUAAGAAUAAAUAUACAAAACUUAAAGUGACGGAGAAGAAAAAUUCUGGCCUCGCAAUUUCGACUUCGAUCGAUAAUUCAAUUCAUAAUACCUCAAGAGGUACUCCUUUAGCAAUGGAGAAAAUAGUACUGAGCCUUCAGAAUCCAGGAUCAAAGAAGCCAAGGAAGAAAAUCAAGAAGCCUGAAAAUGCAGACUCUUUUAGAUAUGCUCAAUCGAUGCUUGAUUUAUCAGACAGUAUAAUGAAUGUUAUGGGAUCUAAAAGCUCUAAGAAAAUCCAACAGGAGACUGAGGAUCACCCUCACUAUACUGCUAGAGUAUUAGUAGAAAUACUUAAGCCAAGUGUGUCAAAAGCAAGUAUUAAAUAAUAUGACAAAAAUGCUCAAUUUUAAUAUAAAA